CCCCUAUCGGCCACUCAUUUUUGCACCGUUUUUGUGCUUUUCCGAUUGGGCCCAUGUUGUCGUAGUCCAUAGAGGCGCACACUGCAUUAUCUCAAACACCAUGAUCCUACCGUGUCGAACAAGGCCUUUUGUCCCUGACACUGCGCUCAGAACGAAAAGACGGUCCUGUCGCAUCGGGGGAAGAAAUGACAAGAGAAAAGCCAAAAGGCUUGGUUUGUCUCGUCACCAGUUUACUGCCCAACCUUGUCGCACGCACCCCUUCUAAACCCCAAGACCUUGAGCAAUUCUACAGCAAAAGCACAUCUCAAAGCACCCCCCCAUCACAUCAAGAACAAAAACCUCUACUCACUCCCCCGCGAGCUCUUCUCAAGCACCUUUCUCGUCCGAGACCCCCCUCCGUCCUCGGCCCGGCCCUGAAGCGGGGCCGAAAGGAAACCCACACACGGAGCGGAAUACCUAGGUAGGGAGUGUCGAUCCUUCCGCGCCUGAAUGCGGAGAAGGUCGCACGCACUAAGCCGCUGCGGGAGAAGACUGC